AGUAAAACCCCGCUGCUGGCUGUGAGUUUAGCUCACCCGCACACCACCGUCCAUCUAUGGCGCCAAAGGCGCCUCUCACACGGGUGAAUGCGGUCGAUUUUAUGACCGCCGCGUUCGAUGAUUUGGAUGCAGCCGAAGCUGCCGACAGAGCUCAAAACCUGGACGAGGCGGUUGAGAAAUACUCGCGCGCCAUUGCAAGCAUCACCGAAUUCUUGAAAGCCCCGUUCGCGGGCGAUUUCAGCGGCUUUAUCGAGCCCAGCGAGCUGCGAUCUAUGCUGCCGGGCGUGCAGCUGCGACUGGGUCGACUGAAGAAAAUGCAGCAGGUCCGCGACGCACCGCCCGUACCCGGCGCCAUACCCCUCACCGGACCCAAUGCAGCCGUGUCGCUGUCUCCGGAGGAUGCCGCAGAUGUUGCAGCUCGCGCCGCCGCCGCGGCGGCGGCGAAGGCCCGCCGGCCGCCGCCGCCGGCGGCAGGCAAGGGGCCGGGACCAAGCGCGGCCGGCGACACGGCCGCCUUGUUUGGGGCGGGCUCGGCUGCUGCUGCGGCAGGGGCUGGAGCUGGGGCCGGGGCUAGGGCUGCAGAUGAAGAGCGCGCGACGGCAGAGCGGCUGCAACAGGAGCUGUUGCGCGUGGCAGGGGCGGCAGGUGCAGCGGCUGGGGCAGGGGCCGCUGCGGCGCCGGCGGCGGCGUCCGCGGGCAAGAAAUCCGUUGCGGGCACAACAUCUGCGGUGGCUGAAGCAAGAGCAGGAGCAGGAGUUGCAGCAGCAGGACAGGAGGAGGGUUCUUCAGGUGCCGGUCUUGGUGCGGCGCAGCAGUGCGCGGGUUGUGGGCUGCAGGGCCGCUGGCGCGAAGGCUUCUCGGGAGGCGCCCCGGCCGCUAGCACGGCCGCCCCGCCGUCGCUGCUUCGGUGCGGCCGCUGCCGUGCCGUGUUCUACUGCUCGAGGGAAUGCCAGAAGCAGCACUGGAGCAAGCACAAGCUGGCGUGCAGGUGAAGUGCGUCUGGAGUGGAGGCGAGCGCUUGAGGCAGUGCCCAUCGUGUGCAUGCGCAUAUGCCUCGGCGUUAGC